UGUGUGUGUGUUGAUUUGAAGCAGGAGCUUUACUAUACUCCAGUGCUAGAAAGUAAAGUUUUAAUUUUUUUACUAAUGAUUUAUUUAAUUUCGAAUUGCGUAUUCUGGAUUAAGAAGUUGUAUGUUCAUACACUCUGGAGUUGAUUCACAGCCAUUAUUUUUUUUAGGGAAUACUAAAUUUAAUUUAAUUAAAAAAAAUCAAGAAAGGAGAAAUCAAAUGGGGACGAAUAAUACGAGCACGAAUGGAGAAAGCCAGCACGUUGUUGCCGAUCCCGUCUCCUUUGCAAGAAGUUAUCAGCUCGAAGCACUGGAGAAAGCACUGAAACAGAAUACGAUUGUUUUCUUCGAAACCGGCACCGGAAAAACCCUAAUAGCAAUAAUGCUUCUUCGAAGCUACGCUCACUUACUUAGAAAGCCGUCGCCUUACGUCGCUGUUUUUUUGGUCCCUACUGUUGUUUUGGUUACCCAACAAGGUGAAGUUGUGUCGGCGCACACCGACUUGAACGUGGGAAUGUACUACGGUGAGUUGGGUGUCGACUUUUGGGAUGCUGCCAUGUGGAAGAAACAGAAGGAAGACACGAGGUGCUUGUCCCUCGAGGAAAACUUGCAGCAGUUGUUAGAAAAGCAUAAACUUAUUCUCAGAGGACCAAACAUUUCAGAAUCAGUCGCCAAAUCUGCAAAGAAGAAAUUAAAAAUGCUAUUGUCGACUUUCAUGUUUUGUUUGACCGAGCUCGGCGUUUGGCUAGCUAUGAAGGCAUCGGAGCUUUAUUCUCGUCAAGAAGAUGACAUAUUUAUGUGGGAUAAAAUGGAUAUUUCCGGUGAAAGAGUCGUACAAGCUUUUAGUUUAGAUGCAGUAAAGGUCUUCUCUGCAUUCAUGCCGUCUGAUCCACAAUGGUCGGUUUGUAAUGAUUUAGCAGCUAGCAUGAAAUCUGGUUAUCUUACGUCAAAAGUCAUAUGCCUCGUUGAAACUCUUCUUGAGUACAGAGAAACGGAGGCUUUGAGGUGCAUAGUAUUCGUUGAACGGAUUGUGACAUCAAUUGUUAUUCGUAGUUUGUUGAAUGAAUUGCUCCCGUUGUAUAUUAAUUGGAAAACCGAAUAUACAGCUGGCAACAAUUCAAGAUUGCAGUCUCAGAGUCGGAAAGAACAAAAUGCAAUUAUCGAAGAAUUCCGCAAAGGAACGGUUAACAUCAUCAUUGCCACUUCAAUGCUCGAAGAGGGCUUAGAUGUCCAAAGCUGCAAUCUCGUAAUUAGAUUCGAUCCUUCUGCCACAGUAUGUAGCUUUAUUCAGUCACGGGGUCGUGCUCGUAUGCCAAACUCUGAUUUUAUACUAAUGGUUAAAAGGGACGAUCCUUCGGCCAUAGCGCGUGUGAAGAACUAUAUAGAUAGUGGAAGUACAAUGAGGCAAGAAUGCUUGACCCAUUCCGAUAUUCCGUGUGAACCGCUCGGUAAUACAAUGCACGGUGAGCCGUGGUAUCAAGUCGAAAGCACGGGUGCAAUCGUAACUUUGAGGUCUAGUGUGGCUUUGCUUUACUUUUAUUGCUCGAGGCUCCCUUCCGAUAGUUAUUAUAAACCUUAUCCAUACUUUUCACCCGACGAAGAGCUUGGGAUUUGCACGCUUCACCUCCCAAAUAGCUGCCCGAUUAAAACAAUUAAUGUCGAGGGCAACACCAAAUUACUAAAGCAACUUGCUUGCCUUGAAGCUUGUAAGAAGCUUCAUCAAGUUGGUGCCCUAACGGAUAACCUCGUUCCCGAUAUGGUUGAGGAAGAAAGAGAUGCUAAAGAAUUAGGAUCUGAACCGUACAUAGACGAGCAUGCAAAGUAUUUCCCGCCAGAAUUGAUUGGCUCGUGUAGAAAAGAGUCGAAAACGCAUUAUCACUGCUAUUUAAUCGAGCUAAAAGCGAAUUUCCAAUACGAUGUUCAGCUUCAAGAAGUUGUGUUGGCUGUUCACGAAAGGUUGGACGAUGAUAUCGAAAAAGUCAACCUUGACUUGGACGUUGAUAGGGGAAAGAUAAUUGUAGGGAUUAAACAUAUUGGAUACAUUUCAUUGGAUUCCGAGCAGGUGGCCCUGUGUCGGAGAUUCCAAAUUACGCUCUUCAGGCUUCUUCUCGAUCAUAAACUAGACAAGCUUUACGAAGAAGACAAUCAAUCUUCCGAAAAAAUCGAUUCUUCCAUAUUUAAUUAUCUUCUUCUCCCAACUAUAGGCUCGCCUCAUAACACAUCAAUCGACUGGAAAUGCAUUACUUCUGUUACGUACCCCGAAAAUUCUUCUAAAGACGAACACAAUAAUUGUUCUAGAAAUGGGGGUAAUGGCCCCCGCAUGCAUACGAAAAACGGCUCAGCGUGUCGCUGCAUGCUAGAUAAUUCCUUAGUGUGUACCCCUCAUAAUGGUGUUGUGUACUGCGUUAACGGGAGUUUGGAUGGUUUUAAUGGUAAUACGUAUCUUGAACUCAAAGAUGGAGAAUCUAUUACGUACAAAAACUAUUACAAACGGACACAUGGGAUCGAUUUGCAAUUUGAACGACAAACUCUUCUUAAUGCCAAACGGAUAUUUACCGUGCAUAACUUUCUCCAGAGAUGUCGAAUUUCCAGUGCAAAAGAAUCAAGGAAUACGACAUAUGAACUACCACCUGAGCUUUGCUUGAUAAUUAUGUCGCCUAUUUCAAUUUCUACGUUUUAUUCAUUCUCGUUUCUUCCAUCGAUUAUGCAUCGAAUCGAGUCGAUGCUUUUAGCGUCGAGCCUGAAAAGUAUGCCUUUGGAUCACUGUCCUCAAAAUGUUGUUAUUCCAACACUCACAGUUUUGGAGGCAAUAACAACAAAGAAAUGCCAAGAGAAUAUUCAUUUGGAAUCUUUGGAGACACUUGGAGAUUCUUUUCUCAAGUACGCGGUUAGUCAACAACUCUUCAAAACGCAUCAAAAUCGGCACGAAGGUCUUCUUAGUCUUAAAAGAGAGAAACUUAUUCGCAAUACUACAUUGUGCAAGCUUGGAUGUGACCGCAAAAUUACGGGAUUUAUUCGUAACGAGCCAUUUGAUCCGAAAACAUGGAUAAUACCGGGUACUAAUCAUACAUUACAAAACGAGCUCUUUUCGUCAACGAAAAAAAUCUACAUAAAUGGGAGCAGGAAAAUUAAAGGUAAAACCGUAGCUGACGUGGCAGAAGCAUUAAUCGGUGCAUUUCUUAGUGCUGGAGGUGAAAUUCCGGCUUUGUCCUUCAUUGCAUGGCUAGGUAUUGAUGUUGACUUUGUCAGUAUACCUUAUACAAGAGGCUUGUUUUUGAAACCGGAGUUGCAUGUAAAUAUCGGACAUUUGGAAUCUAUUUUGAACUACUCGUUUAAGGAUGUUUCCCUAUUGGUCGAGGCGCUGACUCAUGGUUCUUAUAUGCGGCCCGAAAUUCCAGGAUGUUAUCAGCGUCUCGAGUUUCUUGGGGAUGCGGUGCUGGAUUAUAUAAUUACAGUUCACCUCUAUCAAGAAAAUCCCAGCCUAUCUCCGGGACUUUUAACCGAUCUAAGGUCUGCAUCUGUGAACAAUGAUUGUUAUGCCAACUCAGCAGUUAAGGCUGGUCUGCACAAACACAUACUUCAUCUUUCACCGGAGCUUCACCGACAUAUAAAUACCGCCCUUAGCAACUUUGACGAGAUAAAUUCCAAAUCAACUUUCGGUUGGGAAUCCGAGACAACUUAUCCAAAGGUACUUGGAGACGUAAUAGAAUCUCUAGCGGGGGCGAUAUUUGUCGACUCGGGUCACAAUAAGGAGAUUGUUUUUCAAAGUUUGAGGCCGCUUCUCGAGCCAUUAGUCACACUCGAAACACUGAGGCUACAUCCAGUCAGAGAGUUGAACGAAUUAUGUCAAAGGGAGCAUUUUAAUUUCCAGAAACUAGUUACUAAAUUGAACGGGCUGGUAUAUGCUACUAUAGAGGUUGAAGCGCGUGGCGUUGUGCAUAAAGAAACGAGAUCUGCGGCGGACAAGGACACGGCAAAAAGAUUGGCGUGCAAAGACGUUUUGAAGUCUCUGAAAGAAGGCGUUUUUGCUUGAACGCGACGAUUAUAGUUCAAAUUGUUUUCGAUUAAGGUUAAUUUUUGGGAUUGUUAAGAGUUUAUUUAUUUAUUUUUAUUUUAUUUUUAAUUGUUUGUAAAUCACAAUUACAUUUGAUUUGUGUUUCUAUUUGGGAAAUUGCACCCUCUUGAGAGAGUGUUUGUAAAACAAAAAUAAAUCGUAAACAUAAUGCGAUUUUGAAAUUUAUAAUCAAUUAAUUAUUUUUCGU